CGUCGCUGAGUUCCGAAACCCAAACCCAGCCCCCGCUCCUUUCCUUUCCCUUCCACCGGGCUUAACGACCUCGAAAAAGAGUAAAGCCAGAGAGAAAGCUACACCCCACCGAAUCCCACAACCGAGAAGAGGAAGAAGGAGAAGGAGGAGGGAGCGAGCGAGAGCGCUGACGAUGCAGCAGGCGAUGUCCUUGCCCCCGGUAGCGGUUGGCACGGCGUCCCCACCGGCCGGCAUCACCACCGAGCAGAUCCAAAAGUAUUUGGAUGAAAAUAAGCAACUUAUUUUGGCCAUCCUUGAAAAUCAGAACCUAGGAAAGUUGGCUGAAUGUGCUCAGUAUCAAGCUCAACUUCAAAAAAAUCUCUUGUAUCUGGCUGCUAUCGCGGAUGCCCAACCACCACAGAACCCUGCAAGUCGCCCCCAGCCUGGUUCUAUGCAAGGCGCAGGGCAUUACAUGUCACAAGUACCAAUGUUCCCUCCAAGAACCCCUUUAACCCCACAGCAGAUGCAAGAGCAGCAGCACCAGCAACUUCAGCAGCAGCAAGCCCAGGCCCUUUCUUUCCCCACCCAGAUGGUGAUGAGACCAGGCACCGUCAACGGCAUGCAGCAGCCUAUGCAAGCAGCCGGCGACCUCCAGCCAGCAGCAGCAGCAGCAGCAGCAGCAGUAGCUGGAGGGAGCAAGCAGGACGCAGCAGUGGCUGGGGCCGUCUCGGAACCUUGUGGCGCCGAGAGCCACAAGAGCGCGGGAGCAGAGAAGGAGGUGGGCGGUGAUGUAGCAAAAUAUUCCUAAGCUGUUAGUGUUAGGCAGAAAUAACGCCAUGUAUGUAUUGUACAUAUAAAUGUCGCUAGGCUACCUGCAUAGCCAGCGCCGUCGAUGGUCGUUUUGAAAUCUGGUUCGAACGAAUUUGCCAUGGUUCAUACUUGAUUUGUACUUUCAA